CGUCCAAUGAUGCCGUGCUCAUUUUAACCGGUUAUGGACGACCGUUUCCCCUCACGAGCCCUGCAAGUCUGUCACUGUGAUGUGGUGUUCCCCUGGGCUGGAUCGGCCUAGUCUCUGCAGGUAGAUGAGUUCCCCCGUUCUCAGCACGAGGACGGUCCUGGAGACUGUUAAAAAGAUUACCGAGAUCCUCUCGUUGGGCUUUAUGCCCGUCCUUGUGAACUUUAUGACUCUUUUACGACCUCACUCUCUCGUACGCGCGCGCUAUCAUCGCUGCAGGCGUUACUGCUGCUUGCCGCCAUGUCUUCGACCACGAACGUCGACCCGGCGCGCGCCAAGGAGAGCAAUACCGAAAUGAUCCUGGCCGUGACGGGGUUUUUCCACGCGCUCGCUCUCCUCUUCGUCGGUCUCCGAACAUACACACGCGUCAUCAUCGUCAAGUCGAUGGGUAUCGACGACUACAUAAUGAUGAUGUCUGCGCUAUGUGCUCUUGGUGGAGGAAUGGCCGUCUUUGUCAUCCAAUCAUUUCACGGCCUCGGCAAACAUAAGGACACCAUUAGCAAGCCAGACAAUGUCUUCUUUCUGAAAGUCGGGUUUUUUCAGUCCAUAAUUUCCGCCAUCGCCGCGUUGGCAUUCCUCAAGAUAUCUAUUGCCAUGUCGUUGCUUCGACUAAGCAGGAACAAAUGGUAUUCACGAGCCUUAUGGGCACUGAUCGUUUUUGUCAUUCUGUAUACGAUCAUGGCAUGGUUGAGCUUUUUCUUGUACUGCACGCCAUUGGAGGGUUAUUGGGACAGGAGGUUGAAGCCCAAGUGUUACCCCCUCAAGUUGUUCAUCAACUUUGCUCUCGUCAAUACUUCAUUCAACAUUUUCACCGAUGUUUGCUUUGCUACUCUGCCCAUCCCAAUCAUUUGGGUGCUGCAGAUGAAGUUGCGCACCCGAAUUUAUCUGGUCGGUAUUUUGAGUCUUGGCUAUAUAGCUGUUAUCAUGGGGAUCGUCAAAGCUUUCUUCCAGAUUGCCCAACCAGACAACAAAGACUCCACCUUCCUCCAAAGUAUACAAUUCUGGGGCUUCCUCCAGCUAAAUCUCGGCAUCAUCGCCGCUUGCGCGCCAUCAUUGAGGCCCCUCGUCGGCCGCGUCCUGAAGUUAAACGCGGGCCGCCUCUAUAAUGACGCCAACCUCUACGAGAACCGAUACCCGACUGGCCCGACUGGUAGAACUGUAACAAUCACUGCGAGCGCCAAGAGACAGGGAUAUAGGGAGCAAAGCAGCCAGAGCAGCCAGAGCGCGCCGGAUUUUGAGCUCGAAGAAGGGAAGUUCUCGCAGAGCGCAGAGUCCCGGCGCCAGGCGAGCAUCAGGGGCAAAAGCCGACCGAGAGCUGUGCCGGUGUACCAGAAGAACAGUCUGGAAGAUAGGUCAGGGAGCGAGGAGAUGAUCCUAGACACGGACAGCAGGGCUCCGGGGAGCAGGGGCAUCAUGAGGACGACGGAGGUACACAUUCAGCGCUAAAACGCAGAAGUCUUGAAAACCGAACAAUCCGAACACAUAGCCGUGAUGGCUGGGUAACACCAAGUUAGCUGUUGGUGUAGGCCGCAUGCGGA